AUGGAGAUCGGCGCGAGGCAGCGCAGCGAUGGAGAUCGGAGAGAGAGGAGGGAGGCUGUGGCUGAAGGAGGACGAUCGGCGUCGCGAUGGGUGGCUGUGGCUGUGGCUGUGACUGCAAAACCCCCAUAUAUUGUUUGUAAUCUCACCACAAGGAAAUUCUCACUUCUUCCUGAUAUUGGUCCAACUUCAUCUGAAUCGUAUCGUAAAAAUGCUGCUGCUUUCUUGGCUUUUGAUCCUUCGAAAUCGCCUCACUACAAAGUUAUAUUGUUUAGUUCCAGCUAUGUUAAUAAUGGACGCUGGGUUGAAAUUGAAAUUUACAGUUCCCAGACUUCGUCUUGGAAACACAUUUCUGUGCCUGAUCCGCGAGGUGUGCCAUUCAUGUUCAGCGUGUUUUGGAACGGAGCAAUUCAUUGUAUAACCUAUGCGAAUGUUCAUGUUCGAUUUGAGGUUGAGGAAGAGAAAUUCAUACAAACCCCAAUGCCUCAAAACCCUAAAAUCAUUUCUCCUGAUAAGAUUAGGUAUUUUGGAGGAUGUGGUGGUGAUUUGCUUCUUAUUCAGACUCCUCAGCCUUGUGCUAUGGGAUUCAGCGUCCUUCAGAUGCACAGGGAUUACUGCGGGUGGAUUGUGAAGUACCGGGUCAAUCUUAGAUCCAUUUUAUCUGUAUUUCCUAAAACAGAAUGCAAAACCAUAGUCACAUGCUCUGAAUUUAAUGUGCUCUGUGUCGUGAAGGGAGCGAAUGAAAAAGAUUUUACACUGGUGUUUGCUAUCCGGGGCAAAGUUAUUUCUUAUAAUGUCAAGUCCAACAUAUUGAAGGAGCUUUAUGAUUUAUCAACAGAUGAUCUUGAUGAUUGGCGACCAAGUUGGUGUAAUACUUAUCAAUUCAUUGAAAGCCUAUCACCUGUUUGA